GUUGUUCACAGUUAUGGCACGAACGAAACAGACAGCUCGCAAGAGUACGGGUGGGAAGGCUCCGCGAAAGCAGUUGGCUACCAAGGCGGCACGUAAAAGUGCGCCAGCGACUGGCGGUGUUAAGAAACCUCAUCGUUAUCGGCCUGGAACAGUUGCUCUACGUGAGAUUCGUCGUUAUCAAAAAUCAACCGAACUACUGAUACGCAAACUGCCUUUUCAGCGAUUGGUGCGCGAGAUUGCCCAAGACUUCAAGACUGACCUUCGUUUCCAAAGCUCUGCAGUUUCUGCUCUUCAAGAAGCUAGCGAAGCUUACCUUGUUGGACUUUUCGAAGACACUAACUUGUGCGCCAUCCAUGCCAAACGUGUAACUAUUAUGCCAAAGGACAUCCAGUUGGCUCGUCGAAUUCGAGGUGAACGCGCAUAAGUCGACCUUUGAUAUGAUUGCUCUGUGAACGCCAAACGGCCCUUUUUAGGGCCACACAACAUGAUUUUGAGUUCUGUC